GUCAGGCAGGCUGUUGGUUUAGAUGCAGUGAGAGCAAACUUAGCUUCUCCCCCAGUCCCAGCGAUCAUUGCCAACUUGUGCGUCUGACAGACAACUAGUCACAGGUGCUGGCACCUAUGUGUGUGUCGUAGCUAAACUAAAUUCCUGAUAUGUAGGGGCACGACUAAAGACGUUUUCAAUGCCUACGGUUGGUAAUGCAGAAUCAAAAGCAUGCCACAGAGGGCGGGGAAGUGUUUAUAACAACUGUGUAUGGCCGAUGAGGUGCCGCCUGAUGGCAUUAAAGCGAAUGGGAAUUGUGAAAGAUUAUGAGAAAAUCCGUACCUUUACGGUAGCAGUAGUAGGUGUUGGUGGAGUUGGCAGUGUAACUGCUGAAAUGUUGACAAGAUGUGGCAUUGGUAAGUUGCUGCUGUUUGAUUAUGACAAGGUGGAGUUGGCGAACAUGAACAGGCUCUUCUUCCAACCUCAUCAGGCUGGACUAAGUAAAGUGCAGGCAGCGGAGCAUACUUUGAGGAAUAUUAACCCUGAUGUUCAGUUUGAAGUACAUAACUACAAUAUCACAACAGUGGAUAACUUUCAACAUUUCAUGGAUCGAAUAAGUUACGGUGGGUUAGAAGAAGGAAAACCUGUUGAUCUUGUACUGAGCUGUGUGGACAACUUUGAAGCUCGAAUGGCAAUUAAUACUGCCUGCAAUGAGCUUGGACAAACCUGGAUGGAAUCUGGAGUGAGUGAAAAUGCAGUCUCAGGACAUAUACAGCUCAUCAUACCUGGUGAAUCUGCUUGUUUUGCGUGUGCUCCUCCACUUGUAGUUGCUGCUAAUAUUGAUGAAAAAACAUUAAAACGAGAGGGCGUUUGUGCAGCCAGCCUUCCUACCACUAUGGGAGUAGUUGCAGGGAUUCUUGUACAAAAUGUUCUAAAGUUUUUAUUAAAUUUUGGUACUGUCAGUUACUAUCUUGGUUACAAUGCAAUGCAGGAUUUCUUCCCAACCAUGGCCAUGAAACCAAACCCACAGUGCAAUGACAAAAAUUGCAGGAAACAGCAGGAAGAAUACAAGGAAAAAAGGGCUGUGCAACCAAAACAAAUAGUAGUUGAACAGGAAGAAGAAAUAGUGCAUGAAGAUAAUGACUGGGGUAUUGAGCUGGUAUCGGAGGUUUCAGAAGAGGAGCUGAAGGCUGCUUCUGGUCCACUUCCUGAUCUUCCACAGGGAAUUACAGUAGCAUAUACCAUACCAAACAUGGAAGAGAAUGCGGUAGCCGAGGUAACAGUAUCAGAGUCUGAGGAAAGCCUAGAAGAACUCAUGGCCAAGAUGAAGAACAUGUAGGCAAAAAGGAUAUUUAACAUUUGUGCUCUUGCACAAGAACUGGAUCUAGAAAUAUCACAAGAAAUGAAGUCAUGUAAAAUUCCAGUCUUAAAACUUGAACUUGUGGUAAAACAGAACUAUACAAACUUGGAGAUGGCAUCUCAUAACUCUUUUCUGCUGUUCGCUUAUACACUGCUUUAAAAACAAAGUUGUACUACUGUAAGUUUUCAUUUCUAAUCAUGCUAGGGUCCAAAUCUAGGGAGAAAUUAGAGAAUAGACAAACUGAUAAAGGUAAACAUGGCACACACAUGAUUUGGAUGAUAUCUUGGCAAUGUGGGAAAAGUUAAACAGAGUAGCCUUGUCUGAAUAGAAUGGUUCAGAGGAUUGAUAAUGGAGUCUUCAACAUAUGUUGCCUCUUCAAAUGUAUACCAGAUUGGUGGUUGUUAUAAGCAAGUUUGUAGAUGGCUGUACCUGUUUUGUGGGUAAAUUGAAUGUUUAAAUCUUUUCAUAGACCAUAAAUUUCACUAGAAAAAUCUUAAAAGGGUUGAGUGAUUUGUCAAUUUGUGUCUCAUCCCUCUUCUUUCUUAACAAGUAUUUGUGCAUACAUGGUGUCCCCGCUAUAAGUCGCCCCAUUAUAUAUCCAUUCCACACUAAAGUUCUUGACUUUGUAGGAAUUGAUGGGUUAUACAUCUAAAAUCCAUUUAGAAUUAUUUGGCUACUACUUUACAUGGCAGCCAGUUUUAUAAAAAGACAACUAUUUACAAUGGUAUUCUAUGCAUAGUUUUACAAAAAUAGUAAUACAUAUUUAAAAUUAGUGGAGAGACGUUAGUGUAUGCAAAAUAGUUCUUGACUUCUGACUAUAGUUAGUAAAUAACUUACACUUGCUCAUCCCAAAUUAUAAAAUGAGGUGGUAGAGUCUAACUAGUUUAAAAAACAAGACAAAAAAGGAAUGGGGCAGAUGUUUUCACCUUUACAAUUAAAGCAUAUUGGAAUUUAGAAUUAUAAAAAGAACCAUGGUAUUUCUCUGGCUGAGAAAUCUAGUGGAAUUUUCAGAUUUUUUGCAAAUCAUCGAACACAUAGCAAAAGUGUACAGCAUUGAAGUGUAACUUUGCUCAUUUAUUUGUUAAACUACAAUAUGCUAUCAACUGUUACAUUUUUAACAGUGAAUCUUAGUACAAAUCUAUAGCAAGGUCUCAUUAUUAGGUCUCUGUGGAUACAAUGGAAUACACUAGCAGUUUUGAUGCAGAGUUCUACUGUGUUUAUUAAGUUACAUAGAAUUUGACUUAUACCAAAUAUACAAAAUACUUCAAUUUCACGUACAAACAAGACAUGGUGGGACAUGUUUUCUACAAAAGAAUCAAGAGAGCUAUAUUACACUUGCUUUGGAUACCAUUACAAAGAAAUCAAACAGCUGUUUGUAAACUUCUAAAUUUCAAUUUUUGUUUAAAUAAAAAAAGCUUUUACUAUGCUGUAAGAACUUCA